GGGAGCAGUAGGGCAGCUAGCAGCAACACCAACACAGAGGCUCACAUCCAGUCAGUUCCGUUGUGGCGGCGCUGGAAACAGGACCCCGCCUCGCUCCAUCCCGCGCUCACAACCACACGCCUCUCGAGUCGCGUCCACUUCCCUGGCUGCCAACCUCAUCCCGCGCGUGCUGACCGUGACUGCCUUCCCAUCCCGCGCGGAAGCCUGGCCAGCCCUAACUCCUCGCUAAGGCAUCGAAGUAGUUACCGAAGUACUUCAAUGUGUGUGGCUAACUUGACUACUACGACGGUUGAUUGAGAAAGACUGAGAGCGAGUGAGCGAGCGACCUUUGAAAAUGACAUUAGCAUCACCACCGCCAUCACCGCCACCACCACCACCACCACUGCAGCACCCAGUCACCACCACCACAUGAGACCCGCCACACUAACCACAAUGAGAUAAAGCGAGAGAGAGAGAGAGAGAGAGAGAGAGAGAGAGAGAGAGAGAGAGAGAGAGAGAGAAUCAGUGCGAGUGACGGUGAUGCGGUAAGGUGGUAUCGAACCCAGGUGCGGAGGAGUCGCGAUAAGGAAUUCACCACGUAGCCAAGAACUGAAUAUACUUACCGACGAAAUAAAGAGAGGAAGUUGACGCGGCGCUCUUGGAGAAACAGAUUAAACCGCGCGAGGCAUUAAAGGAAAAUAAAUUGGGUUUCCCCUCAAAACACGCAAGAAAGAAAACGGGAAGAGGAGACAAAAAAGUGGUUUUCCGAUUAGAAAAAGAAAAAAAACAGGAAAGAGAAAAAAAGACCUUUCCACCGUAAGCACCACUCUCAUAAAAGCCUUGGAAGGGGAGUGAGAGAGUGAGAGAGAGAAGAGAAAGAGAGAGGGAGAGACAGAAAGGAGAUAAGAGAGAAAACUUCAUUUGAGGUAGAAGUGGACAGCUCUCGGGCCGCCUCUCCUGCCUCCUCCUCCUUCGUCUGCCACUCCUUCAGAUCGGCCGGAGGGGAAAUGGCAGCCCGACUAAGGUGGGGGGGUAGGAGGCCGCUCUCCACCCCCCACCACUUCCUCCACCUCCUCCACCUGCUGCUCUUCCACUUCAGUCUGGUGAGGGGAAGCGUGAACGACGGGCCGCUGGAGUUUGAGGACAUUAUGCCGGACAACCCGAGAGACUACGACAAGAUGGCUCCUCCCAAGGGCGGCGACGACCCCACCACAGUGCUUGUCCACGUCACCGUCAUGAGCCUCGACUCUAUUGACGAGAGCUCCAUGACUUACGCAGCUGACAUCUUCUUCGCCCAGAGUUGGAAGGACUGGCGGCUGCGGCUCCCUGACAACAUGACCCACGAGUAUCGCCUGCUACCUGUCGCUUGGCUUAAGGACAUUUGGCGGCCUGACUCUUUCUUCAAAAACGCCAAGGCUGUCACUUUCCAGGAGAUGACCAUUCCUAACCAUUACCUGUGGCUCUACCAGGACAACACGAUACUCUACAUGGUCAAGCUCACGCUGGUGCUGUCCUGCGCUAUGAACUUCCAGCUGUACCCUCACGACACCCAGGAGUGCCACAUGAAGAUCGAGAGUCUCUCGCACACCACGGAUGACCUGGUCUUCAUCUGGGAGCCUGAAGUCCCUCUGGUGGUGGACAAGAACAUCGAACUCCCACAGCUGGACCUCGUUAAGAAGUUCACGGGAGACUGCACUCAGGUGUAUUCCACAGGUAACUUCACGUGCCUGGAGAUCGUGUUCACAUUUAAACGGCGCCUGGGGUACUAUUUGUUCCACACGUACAUUCCCACCUGUCUCAUUGUCAUCAUGUCCUGGAUCAGUUUCUGGAUCAGACCCGAGGCUGUCCCGGCGCGUGUCACCCUGGGCGUCACCUCUCUCCUCACUCUGUCCACCCAGCACGCCAACUCACAGAAGUCCUUGCCGCCUGUGUCCUACAUCAAGGCUAUCGACGUGUUUAUGUCUUCUUGCACCGUCUUCGUGUUCUUCUCCCUGAUGGAGUACGCGCUGGUCAACGUGGUGCUGGGAGAUGUGCCCGAGGAGCCUGACUCUUUAAGGAGGGUGCGGUCCCGUGCUUUGCUCCAUGUAACUCCCCAUCAGGACUCCAAGCUCGGGGGAGUGUCGGAGUGUCUCAGCGCGGAGCAGUCACCUGUCCUCGGGGGAAACAAAGAAGGGGCCUCUGCUGCUCCUCCGCCGCUACACUCCAAACGCCGCACAGUGUCCUCGCCAGCACUGCAGCGGCGUGUUAAUGGGAGGAAACCCAACUGUCAGCCUGAGUUUGACAGUAUAAACACCAUUGCCUCACCCUCGACGGCCGCUCCUGCCAAUGGAAUGUCGGCCCUGGAGAUGCUAGGCCCCGGUUCCUGCCCCGCCCACCUGCCCAGCCCCCAGCACAUGAUCAACGGUCCCAUGUACAGCGGCGUGCAGCACCCAGCCGUACAGCACCAGCACCAGCCGGUUCAGCACACUGUUAAUUUUGGUCUCCCUCCCCCGCCUCCUCCUCCUCCACUCGGCCCCGCUAAGAAGCAGAAUCAUCGGAGACGGCGAGAGCGAGCCAUCCUCAUCGACCGUGUCUCCCGCAUCCUCUUCCCCACCUCCUUCACCGUCCUCAACGUCAUCUACUGGAGCGUCUUCGUCGUUGAGUGGUUCUAGUAACGGCCACCAGAGGGCUUCGGAAUUAAUUUUCAACGAGGAGUGACUUCGAGAUCAAGUUAUACCAGGGUACACAGACACACAGACGCUUGCAAACACUCAGACACGCUGUUCCGGUUAAUAUGACGGAUGGGAUUGUGUUGUUUCUCCCCUCUGCAGCAAUAACUGGUUUAGUACACUCCCGCUCUCUCGUCCCUACCGCUAAUAGUUGUAGUUGACGUGUGUUGAGGUGAAGGGAUGCGCGGCUCAGCUUCUCCGUCAGGUUAACUUGAAUGAAUCGUUUUUACAGGUGAGGGUUUAGUGACGUGCGGCUUGGCGUGCAAUGUUACCUCAGCGUGAGAGAAAAGGUGAUGGAAAUAAGGUACAGUGUUUUAGUUUUAUGUGUUUUCCUCGUGUUCUUAAGUGUUUCCCUUGUCUCGCCUGCUAAGAUCUACUGGAGGUUAUUCAUUUCAAGUGUGUUCUCAUGAGAUAGUUUAACAUUCUACACUACCAGUACAAAAAACACCCAUGACAACACAAAAUAAUCCCUGUCUUUCAGAGAUUACUUGGAGUUUCACCGGUGUUUUUACAACCAGAGAUACCGUAACAUUCUGCGGCGUCAAUGGAAAAGUACUCAUGAUAGCACAAAUAACCUCUUUAGCCUUUGAUUAUAGUCCAUUAUAGAGACAGAGAGACAAAAACAUUUAUGGCGAGGUGUGGAUUUUAAGAAGUAUUGAGACGUUUACAGUGUCAGUGCCAGUGCCAGUGCCUCUAUAGUGUUUUGUGUGGGCCUCUUGGCACUGGUCGCCGCCUAGACAAUUCAAGGUUAUAGCGUAAGGAUGUUCAGUGCCGUGUUGCCUGCGUGGUGUGUGGGAUUCAUCGACUGUUACUUGUCGUGUUUGAGUGAGGAAAGGAGUUGGAUCUCAUGUUCUUGUUCCUUAGACACUACUGGACUUCAAGGGUUUAUUGUUUAUUUAUUAUCUAUCCAUCACCUUUGUACUUGAGUGAGUUAAUAUGUGUGUGUGUGCUGGAAAAGGAGUUGGAUUGCACUUUCUUGUUCCUCCUAAGCGACUGGAAUCCAUUAAUGCACUAAUUUCUCGGGGUAGGUUUGUAACGCUCUUAGUUUCUGUGAUAAACUUCAAUGUGGAUGUAAUGUGUAGUACUUGUUCCACUUCUGUGUAGGACUGAAACGUGAGUGACAAUCCACAUUAUAACGAAACCUCUCUGUACUCACCUUCACCUGUCGCUCCCCACGCCCCCACGUCUCCAGCCACGCCUCCAGCCACGCCUCCCACUCACGCCUCACGUACUCACCCACCGAGGGGCAGAGGGAAAACUGUUAAAUGUUGACUGGAUGGGUCAGUGUUACAUUAGCCAGUCAGUCAGUGAUUCAUUCACACACAUAUAAUUCACAACGGUAGGAGUGACUGAUUGAGUGGAUAUUUGUUAUCAAGUCAUUCAGUCGGUCAGUCAGUUACACUAUUGACAAUUAAUUCACAAGCACGGCCGACUGAAUGGGUUUAUACGGUUUUAUUGUCAGGUCACCCAGUCAGUCAGUCACAAAAUGUAAUUCACAGCCAUUUUGACUGACUGAUUGGGUUUCUGUAAUUAAACCUGUCAGUCAGUCGAUCUGCCAUCCAUUCAGUCAGUCACACAAAUGUAAUCCAUUGACUAAGCUUAUAUUGUCAUGUGUGUGCAUGAGUGAGUGAGUGAGUCAGUUAUUCAGUGACGAAUAUAAUGCACAAACACAUGACUAACUGAAUGAGUUUCCAUUUAUUGUUAGUCAAUAAGUAAAGUUAAUACAUUAGAUUAUGUAAUGAUUUAAUAACAACGACGAUAAUAACAUGUAUCACCACAACAUACAAUUAUUAGUAACACACACAUUCACAGUAUAAAGCAAUUUAACUUUUAAGAAAUUUCACAGCAGUCUAUUUUCAUCACAAUCCUAUUUCACGUCACCACUCAGACAGUUUUGGUGCGCGUCUUAAACGAGUAAAAUAAAUGCGCACCCUUACUUGGGGAUGUGGGUUGUGGGUUGUGGCGUGUGCUGAACGUGACGAGAACGUGACUAUUCCUCUUGUACGACCUCGGGACCAUCGUAUUCCAACACCCGAUCAUCUCGUGUACUUCUAACUGGGCUUUACCGUUGUCUGAUUCAGUGUUUAGCAGUCCUAACCUUGUUUUCCCGAGAUUGCAUUCUGAAAUCUUCCGGGGUCUCAUCUCGGCUACUAUAAACAGGCUCUGGUUUUAAGUGAUUGGAGUUUUCAAGAGUGUUUUCAAGAUUUUAGUGAUAGUUUAACCAUAAUUCCGCACUCUCAGUUGAUAAACACCCUUGAGAACCUGACUAAUCACCAACUCUUUCGCUUUGAGGGAAAAAAAAAUGGUUCUUGUGAGAGUUCGAAGCUUUUUACAAUAAUGGAUCUCAUUUUUUCAACCCACGCUAGUUCUUGAGCCACCCAGCGUAGUGCGGCAGUGGGCUACAACUCUCCUGCUUCUACUUUAAUGCAGUCAUUCAUUAACAAACAUAGCAACGUUAAUGAUGCUCAAUAUAUCGGUAGAUUUCGAGAGAGAGAGAGAGAGAGAGAGAGAGAGAGAGAGAGAGAGAGACGAAUAUGUAUUUAAACCUUUUUAACGUGAUAGCUACUUUACGUGGGCGGUAGGUGAUUAAAUAAAUGGGUGGUUGGUUGUAGACGAUAACAUUUUUGCUCAGUGUCUCCGCAAUCUCAUUCCCGCAACACGAUAGGAACGCCAGCUGUGAUCGAUAGUAAUUCAUAAGGUGCGUGUAUGAUGUGUGUGUGCUGUGUGUGUGUGUGUGUGUGUGUGUGUGUGUGUGUGUGUGUGUGUGUGUCCAUUCAUCUUGAUCGCCUCUGGACCCCCUCAAUAGCGCUCAGCAUAAUAGUGGAUUAGUGGAUUAGCUUGUUGUCGGUGUAGAGAGCCGCUGCCUCCUCUUCCUCUUCCGUCUCCUCCUUCUCCUGCCUAUAUGCCUGGACGGGACUCGAGCCUCUCCAUUAAUUGCCUCUCAUCUCCAGCCAAGCGUCUGCCUCCGUAUUCUGAUUAAUUGUAACAGUGAGUCCCCUUCUACUGCAGCAGGAACCUCUGGAAAUUGGUUUUGUUUUGUUUCUACGCUGCCGUGUGGGUUUCCAGGGACCUGGUUCCCCAUUACCUGGUGCUGCAGUGAGGUGGAGUUCUGUAUUCCCAAACUGACUCGUCAUUCCAUCUCGUAACUGGCUUUAUUGGAAGUUGUUUGGGAACUUUCAAGAGUGUUUUCGUGAUUCUAGUGGUAGUUUAGCAAGUUUUCAACGCGACUAAUCAUCUCCGUUGUGUGUGGAGUUGUCUUGAUGAGAGAAUGAAGUGUUUUAGAAUAUAAUACAGUUUUAAGUAAAGUAGACGGUUCGUGGUGCUCUUGUUAGAGAAAAAAAAAUGUUACGGUGGUUACUUCUGAUGUUAUUGUUCUUGAUUGCUCAUAUAAUUAAGAAUAAAACAUGUUUCUGAGGGAUACGUGCAGCCUAUCGGUAGUUGGGGAAAAUAGUAGUAAUAAAAAAUGAAAAAUAACGUCUCCGUGAUGCUCCUACUGUUAAUAAACGUCACUUAGCUUACUUACAUUUUCUUCAUCACAACACUCACAUACACAAGUUAGACGCUACACAGAGACACGUGCAAAUCAGUGAUAGAAAAAUAGUAAUAAUAACAUAAUAUGACAUAGAGAAUAAAGACUGAAAAGUAAUGUGCUGGUGAUGUCCCUCCAU